UACAGCUUCUUUUGCAUUGUUGUUAAACAUAUUCUCAUCCCAUCAAAAGCCAAAAAAAACCCCACAACCUUAACCCUUCUCCCUCAUCUGGACAAUGAACUCUCACACCAACAACAUAAGAUCUCCACCACUUCUCUUGGUACUAAUCUUAAUGUUCUCAGCUCUUGCAACCUCAGAUACUUCCAAGGACAGAGAGGAAUGCGCAGAGUCAUUGGUUGGGCUAGCAACAUGUCUACCUUAUGUUGGAGGGACUGCAAAAGCCCCCACACCUGACUGCUGCACUGCCCUCAAACAGCUGCUCAACACCAAGAAAAAGUGCCUUUGUGUGAUCAUUAAAGACAGAAAUGAUCCUGAUUUGGGCCUCAAUAUUAAUGUCACACUUGCUUUAGGUCUCCCUCAAGUUUGCAAUGCCCCUGCUAACGUUUCCCAGUGCCCUGCUCUCCUGAAGUUGCCUCCAGAUUCACCAGAAGCUCAGAUUUUCUAUCAGUUUGGGCAGAAAUCCAGCAAUAGUAGCUCAAGUAGCCCUGUGGCUGAAGGCCCCAAUGCUAAUGCAGUGAAGCCUACUCCUAUAACGACCCCUGUCGGAGCGAGUAAUCCUGGAAGCAGCGCUCAACAAAACAGUGGUUCGGACAAUGGGAAAAGUUGUUUGGGACUAGAAAUUUUAAGCGGACUAUUGCUCAUCUCAACUCUGAUCAUCCAAUUCUAAUGUUUUUAAAACCUUUUUCCUGAUGUAAAAUUUGUAUUAUUAUUUGGACUCGACUGUGUCGGAAUGCACAUACUUUAUAAGUUUAUUAGGAAAUGAA